CAAUUGAAAUGAGAUGCUAUAUUGGAAUAUUUAUUUCGAAAAACAUCAUAUUAUGAAAAACCUUGGUGCUGCAAUUCUAGCUGUAAUUUGUCUGCAAUAUGCUGAUUCUGCAGCAGUUUUUGAUAGAAAUUUCACAAAACCUUAUGUGUUGAAAAAGACGUGGGUACAGAAUUUCAUCAAGUUUCAAUAUAUCUUCGAGGGAAAUCAAGGAAAAGCCAAGAUUGUUCCAUUGGGUUGCGCUCCGACUAACGUUGAUGGUGAUAACUAUUUGAAACCAGGAGAGAGAACUUUCCAACAUGACUUUGUAUUUUCUUGUGAAGAAGGAGAGGAUGGAGUUUUGAAUUAUGAAGCGAUUGCUUGUAUUGAUACACAAGGAGAAAUAAUGCAUCCAGGAGAGACAAGAAGUCUCAGUAAUGGAACUGUCAUUUUACAUUGCAAUCUUUAUGGUGGAGCAUUGAAAAAGGUCGUUGAGAGAGCUGCUGGUUGUUAUUUCAAUGAGACGAUCUACCCAGAAGAAGAGAAAUGGGUUGAACCACAAGUCAAUCCAAAUGAUACAUCAAUUGAUGGACGUCUCAUGCAAUGUUUUCGUCCGCAUUACAGUUACUAUGAAAGUCACGUUGUUGGAUGUGUGAUUGGCAAACUCGGAGUUCUUAUCGAUGAAUUUGGACAACUUCUCGACGGAUCAUAUGUGAAAUGUGUAGAGUCAGAGUUUGGACAUGUCAGCCUGAAGUCAGCUAAUGUUGAUGAAUUGGCUUGUACAAUGGACAACAAAACAUAUGCUCAUGCUAGUCAAUGGACUGAUGUGAAGAAGGGUGCAAAUAUGAGAUGUAACUAUCGACAUAUUGUUAAGGAAUCAUGCGUCCUCGGAACUGAAAUUCUUCCAAUUGGCCAAGAAGUUCCAGUUUCCCGUGAUUGUAUCUUCCUGUGUCAUCCACAAACCAAUGUUUACAUCUGUGACAAUUCUUUAGAAGAAUUCAAAAUUGUUGAGAGUAACGGUGACGAUCUAGGCCCAGUCGAAGAGAACAAAAUUGUUGAGAAGCUUCCGGAAAAUAAGAAGAAAUCUUUGAAAUCUGUGUUCAAAUUCUAAAUAUCAGAUUUUCAUUUACUUGUUUUGUUAUUUGUAAAAAUUCGAAACUUUUUCUUGGGACUCAAAAAUAAAAACUAAGUAUUGUG